CGAUUCGAACUCUCCGUGGAAAGAUACUGUAGAAAUUGGCAACUUAUUAUUUUGGUCGAGCGUAACAGAUCGUGUUCUUUUUUACAGUAGUUACAAUAUAUAUUUUGUUUUUCAAAAUGUUAUCUCUAAAACACCUAAGCAAAAUCCAUUUGAUCAGUUUACGAUCAUAUAGCUCUGAGGUAAAAUUAAAUGAUGUUGUUAUAGUUAGCGCAGCUAGAACACCCAUGGGAUCAUUCUGUGGAGGUUUAUCAAGUUUAUCUGCACCAAAACUUGGAGCUUUGGCUAUACAAGCUGCAGUUGAACGUGCAAAAGUUUCCAAAGAGCAAGUUACAGAAGUGUAUAUGGGAAAUGUUUGUCAAGCUUACUUGGGACAAGCACCAGCAAGACAAGCUACAUUAUUUGCAGGCCUGCCUAAAUCAACUAUAUGUACAACAGUUAAUAAAGUAUGUGCAAGUGGAAUGAAAAGCAUUAUGCUUGCUUCUCAAUCAUUGCAAUGUGGACAUCAAGAGAUAGUACUUGCUGGUGGUAUGGAAUCCAUGUCUAAUGUACCAUUUUAUCUUCAUAGGGGAGAAACUAAGUAUGGUGGAAUGAAACUUGAGGAUGGUAUUGUAUUUGAUGGUCUAACUGAUGUUUAUAACAAAUGCCAUAUGGGUAAUUGUGCAGAAAAUACUGCAAAAAAGUAUAAUAUUUCCCGAGAUGAACAAGAUGAAUACGCUAUCAAUAGCUAUAAACGUAGUACUGCAUCGUAUGAGAAUAAAAUAUUCCAAGAUGAACUUGUUCCUGUUAAUGUGCCUCAGAAAAAGGGCAAACCUGAUCUAAUAUUUAAUGAGGAUGAAGAAUAUAAAAAAGUACACUUUGCUAAGUUUAGUAAAUUGAAUACAGUUUUCCAGAAAGAAAAUGGUACAGUGACUGCUGGCAAUGCAUCAACCUUAAACGAUGGGGCUGCUGCAUUAGUUUUAACUACCACAAAUGUUGCUCAGAAAAUGAAUCUGAAACCCUUAGCACGAAUUGUUGCAUUUCAAGAUGCUGCGACCGAUCCUAUCGAUUUUCCGAUUGCACCAUAUUUUGCUAUUCCUAAAUUACUCGAAGCUGCUGGAAUUAAUAAGAAUGAUGUAGCCCUCUGGGAAAUUAACGAAGCUUUCAGUGUAGUUGUAGUUGCAAAUCAAAAACUUCUGGAUCUUGAUCCUAAUAAAGUAAACGUUCACGGUGGUGCUGUAUCUCUUGGCCAUCCUAUUGGUAUGUCGGGAGCCCGCAUCGUGGUACAUUUAGUACAUGCUCUAAAGGCUGGCCAGAAAGGUGUUGCAUCUAUUUGCAAUGGAGGCGGUGGAGCUUCUUCAAUUUUAAUUGAAAAGUUGUGGCACCCAAUAUCUUCUCCACCGACAUUAACAUUAUACACGAAACAUCCUUGUCCGCUUUGUGAUAUUUUAAAAGAUCAGCUAAGAUUACUUUUUUCUAAUCGUUAUCAAUUACAAGAAAUUGAUAUUACAUCGCCAGGGAAUGAACGAUUUCUUAACUUGUAUAAAUACGAAAUUCCAGUUCUCUUUCUGGAAGGUCAAUAUCUUUGUAAGCAUCGGUUGGAUGCGGAGCUAUUAGAAAGGCGAUUGCAUGAUUUAAUUUAAAAUUGAAACAAAUAAAGAUUUUCUAUCAAGAUA